GAGCUCUACACAUCUAAGGGGACCUGGGAAAUAAUAAUGCCUCAUUCAUUUUAAACCAUCCGGACCAAAACUCGAAAGAGUUUCUAAAUUUCUACAGUUUUCUAAUAUUGCAAUAGCCGAAAAAUAAACAUGGCGCGGAUGCCUUUAGGUCCUGGUCCCGGCGCUUACGCGUUGCCGCCAACUGUCGGAUAUGAAAAACACGAUAACCGUAAGCAGCGUUUGCCUCAAUAUUCCUUUGGGGCACGCACCGCAUUGUUUGGCCCAGAUCCCGGACCAGGACCAGGCGCCUAUCAGGUUGACAAGCUCACCCGCCAUGGAAAAGGAGGCGCCCCAAUAUACUCAAUAGCUCCCAUGACAAAAAUAAUUGACAAAAGAGUUGGUCCCGGACCUGGAGCGCAUGAUGUGCACAUAAAGCCGUUCUUCAAGGGGGUUAGGGCACCGGAAUACUCCAUGGCACCGCGCAACGACUACAGCUUCAAGAAGUAUGGACCCGGACCAAGUGCUUACAAAUUUGAGAUCAAUCCAAUAAGACCUGCAGCCCCAGCUUACAGCAUGGGAAUUUCAGCAAAGAUGUUAAAGAAGGCCGAUUCACCUGGACCAGCGGCGUAUGGUGCUGGCGACAUUAAUAUCAAGCUAAACCGUGCGCCGCAAUAUUCGAUGAGACCCCGCUGUGAUAUACGAGGGGAGAACGUGGGUCCAGGUUCUAACUAUUAUGAUUUGUCGUAUUAUCGCCCCGGAAGAUCUGGCGGUGCUUAUUCGUUUGGUGUCAGGCAUUCACCCUAUGCCCCUCCCAUGAUUGUUAGAUGUGAUAAUAUGUAGUUUUGCAAUAUUAGAAGAUUAUGUCAAGAGAUGUUAGGUAGUAAUAAAAAUUUUAUCUGGUGUUAUAAUAA